CUGAAAACCCGAAUCCGUUACUGUAUAGUUCAGGUGUAUUUCCUGUGUCCCUGUUUGUGUAACCUUCUUCCGCAGCGUUAAUAAAUGUGCUUUUGCCAACCCACGUCAGAGCUGUAUGCCUCCGUACUUCAUUCUGUACCGAAAUCCCACGGUUGUUACAAUAUUUUGAGAACCAAAGGGGUGCCGGCUAUAUAGGCAGUAAAGGUAAAGAACUUCUGGUCAAUAGCAAGACCUGUACUUACUCCUUGACAUUAUCCUGUAGAGCUGAUGGCGGCAGCUGCUGCGUUGGGUUCAUUUACAUUGAGAACAUUUUAGUACGGAGCUGGGAACUAAUUGCGGUAACCAAUUUCGGUGCAAACUGUAUUAACGUAGCGUAUUAUUUUUUCACGGAGCUGCGUACUAGACACGAAGUCAUUCACAAUUAGGCUGUUUUCAUUUCUUUAUAUUUGACACACUAUGACUAAAAACUCAAUAAAAAGUUGUCGAUGCAUUUAUUUUUGGGCGUUGUAAUUACUCGUCAAAUAAAACAUCGUGCAAACAGACCUUUCACUUAAGCUGAUUGAGUUUCAUAGAGAUGGGUAUUCUUGGAAAAGUAAAAAAAGCUCGUUUAUGUGGUUAGUUUUAGGAAUGGCGUUGGCAGUAAAUAAACAAGAUGAACGUUAACAUCUUCAGUAUAUUAACUUCAUUUAGUUAAUAUACUGUACACAAUCGCAAAGUCUGAGAAGUACGAACAACAUACAGACCACCAGGGGACAGAAUCCACACGAGCAGUAGCUGGAGGGAAAUCGAAGACGCGAAUGCUUGUUGCAUGUGCUCGAAACUGAAUUAGCUAAUGUCAAUGAGUAAAGAGCAGCUGCUGGAUACCUUAAAGAAGGAUGUGCGCUCCCUGUUAAUCUCAGCGAAGGCGGGUCUGGCACCUGAGCAUCUUAAGCGGGACUAUACCGCCAUGCUGGGCCACCCUCUGCCCCUGCAGAGGCUCGGCUUCUGCAGUGUCCUGGACAUGGCAGUACACAUGCCUGAUGUUGUCUGCCUGGAAUCCACCAAGGAUGGUAGCACUAUGCUGAAGGCUAUUGGGGUUGACAGCACCAAGGGUAUUGAGGAACUAGUUGCAAAGCAGAGGGAUUCUAAACCCAAGGCAUUCAAGAAAAAAGCCCAUUGUGUAGGUUCACAAGCUCCUGUCCUCCUGCAUCGGAGGGGAAACCCCCCUCCUUCCCUCCCUGCCUCCCUGCGUGUAGAAUUGAGGCAGCUCCUGGUGCAUGGCCCCCUCCGGCUUUCAGAGCUGGAGCUGCAGUUCGCCACAAGGUUCAGCCGCCCACUUCAGAUCAGCCGCUACGGCUUCCGCUCCAUUUCAGAGGUUCUGAGAGCAGCAGAGGACAUGAUAGAGGUGAAGCAGAGCAGGACUGGAUCUGUGUUGAGUCUGAAGAGAAGUAAGAUGGCAGCCCGAGUACAGCCUCUGCAUGACCCAGGCACUGUUUCUUGCUGUGUUUGUGUUGUAGUCACAGUAAAGAACAGUACUGGUGAAGACACAGCUUCCAGGAGAACAGCAAAGGAGGAGAAGGGACUAAGUGCCUCUCAGUUACAAAGUACACCAUCUAUGCAACAGUCACCAGCAAUCUCCCAAGAUGAAAAAGAAUUUGAAAGACAUAUAUUAAAGCUGGAAGAAAAUCUGAAAAACACACUCCUAGACUGUGUGCAGGCAGGGACCAUUAACCCUCAACUGAAGGAAAAGCUUAGGCAGGUUGUCUCUCAAAAGCCAGAGGGUGUUUUAGUGCAGAGCCUUCCAGGAGAAUUCAAGAAAAUGUUUGGAGAAGACCUACCUGUUUCCCAGUGUGGGUUCUUGAGUGUCACAGACUUGGUGAGCUCCCUGAGUGACACCCUCCACCUGACCAUGGCAGGAGGGGAGAAUAACAACCAGCUAAUAGUGAUGGACAUUGAGCAGAUGGAGGCUCUUCAGCAGAAGAAAACGAGUCCUGGAUCCCAAGCUUGUGCAUCGUUCCAGUCCUUGAAUCCCUCCAACAGGAACAUCUCUUUCUCUGACAUUUCCCAGUGGGAGAAGAAUGUCCUGGGGUUGGAACUGGAUCAGACUGUAGGUUCAGAAUCGGGCCUUCGAUUCAUGACAAAGGCGCUGUACCAGAAGCUGGACAUGCUCCAUCCCAUGUUGCCUCAGGUAGAAGAGCCAAAGAUCCCUCCAGAUGCAAUGCAGAGUGGUUGUCUGCAACCUGCUGCACGACGGCAGGAGGAAACCUUUGUGCCUGUGCUGGUAGAGAAAGUGGUGUCUCCCAGCCAGUUCUACAUCCGCUUCUCAGACACACACGAGGCCAGGGCCCUGGAGAACAUGAUGUUUCAGAUGAGAUGCUGCUACUCGUCUCCUGAAGUGGCCAAGCGCUACCAGAUGCCAGAACCCUUUGUGCGUGUGGGCCAAGUGGGCUGUGUGGCUCCCAGUGGCUUGUGGUUCUAUAGGGUUGUCAUCCAUCGUAUUGUGAGCGACCUCAAAGUAGAGGUAUACUGCGUGGACUUUGGAGGUCUGAACUGCGUGGAGAAGAGUAAUCUGAAAUUUCUCAAGUUGUGCUAUUCCACACUUCCAGCUCAGGCUGUCCCUUCAACUUUGACUUGGAUCAAACCUUCUCAGGGCUCCUGGAGUGAAGGUGCUGUCGGUUAUUUCAAGAAGCUGUGCUGCGAAAGACCCAUGAUUGCUGUGAUAUACUGUUACAUGAAGGAUGUUUUGCAUUUGUUCCUGUGUGACACACAUACCAGUGAAGACCUUUACAUUCACAAUGCCAUGAAGAUGGAGGGCUACGCUAUCCCCUGUAGCGUUGUUGAGAUCGGAGAGCCUUUCAGGCAGUUCAACCCAGUGGUUUUGUACUUGAGGGCCAGAGAGCAGUUAGACAGUCCCAUCACAGACAGUCCAGAAGAUGACAUUCUGACUAUUUUCCAUAGCAGGCUUUCCCAAAAACAGCAGAUAACCUUGGAGGACAGUGGUGCUAGUGGGUCAUCCCAAACACUGAAAACCAAGAGCUCUGCACUGCAGAACGAGGUGGACUUCAGUGAUCUUCCAGAACUGGAGUUUGACAACAAUCUUGAAAGCAGGAUCCAGGAGCCGUUGGAAUGCAUUAAUGAAAUGUGCUCAUCAACUGAAUGUCAGCAGCAAACAGGUAGCAGACGGACAUCCUUCUCUGCCCAAAGCACCCCAGACAUCAAUAAUAUACCACAAAAAGAGGAUGGUAGAGAUUACUGCCAUGUGCCUAAGGAGUUGAGAAGGGAUAUUUCCACACUGAUUCCUCUCCAGAAGCCCCAGCGUUGGAUGUUCCCAAUUUUCAGAGGUGACAGCCUGCGAGUGGACAAGCAGCAGGUGCCUCAGACCUCAACGUCCACAGUGCUGGGGCCAGCUGCUCGCCUUGCCUGCAGUAGCCACCACCUGGACUGGUCAUCCUGCAGGAAGGUGUAGCUUCUCAGUACCACACUUGAACUUCUAACAAAGUUCCUUGUAAAUCUGGUUAAACCAAUUUUGGUGCAACUCCAUGGGACUAUGUUUUGAUUACUGUCCCCAUGUUUCUGGUUUGUAGUUUAAUUUUAAGUAAGCAAAUGUGGAAUGUCAUUGUUUUUGUUUUACAGGUGUUGUUCCCCCAAUAUAUCUGGUUGUUGUGCUUAAUUUAUGAAAAAUAAUUAUUUUGUUUCCUAAAAGUUUCUUCUUUUAAUUUUUGCCAUAUUCUGUUUAGGGGGAGAUAUACAAUUAACCACCCAGAGCACCUAGGCUGCAAUUUAACACCUAAGAAAUUUAAAAACAUAUAUCAAUGUCUUGUUUUUCCAUGGUGAUAUGUUUUGUUCUUCUGUACAGCUGUUGGGUUGGGUGGAGGGCUUGCCAAAGUUUGAAUAUAACAUCCAUAAUGAAUCCAUAAAAGUUUGGAACCCUU